AGAUGAGAAUGAGUGUAGGUGGUCAGAAUGGAAGACCUCUCCUGCGCGCUGGCUACAGGUGGCUGGAGAGGGGUGAAAUGCGUUGGAACAGGGGAUAUAACCCAGGGCAUCACUCGUCCUGGCUCUUCAUUUCUCGAACACCCAUCAUCUUACCCAGAAAGGACCUCGUCGCGUCCAUUUCUAUCGCUGCUAGCGCGAUUCUUCCAUGUAAUAACCGCGAGUUUUCGGGUGUUUCGUUUGUUCACAUUUACCAACCGUGAACAACAAUUUUCCACCGACGUUGUGCAUUGUUCUCUGGAUAUCAGGAGCCCGAUAACUAUUUCAAGAGGUCAUGAAGCAGAAAAUUAUGAAGAGAAAGGGGACGAGUUAUACUUCAAGAUUUUGGAUCCUUGCCCUUAUCUCAUUCACGACGAUACACAACGUUUGGACUGCACCACAGCAACUAUCAGCGAUGUACUACGCCGAUAAUGCCGUGGAAGACAAUGACAAUCUCCUGUUGCUGCAGAGGCUAAAACAAGUUGCCGCCUUGAAACACGAGAUUCUAGAGGAAGAACGCGAGCUGACGGAGGCAGAACUGGAAGUGCAGGCGAUUAUCGAGGCAAAAAUGAGAAAUCAGAGGAUCGUCCAGCCCAUCGUAAGAGAGUCCUCCAACGAGGAGGCAGAGAUGUUGCCUAUUCCCAGUGCGGUUGUGCAUCAUGCACCACUGGGAAAUACGGGAAAACGGACUACCUACAUGACCCUGUGUCAUUUUAAGAUCUGCAACAUGGGACGCAAACGGCAAUCAUGAACCACCACAAACCGAUGAUUCUAAAUUCUUACUGGAGCUUUCAAGCUGUCACCACCUCCAAGCAAUUUUAUGUUCCAUUCGUCGCUAAUGAAAAUUUAAUCUUCGAAUUUCUUCUCCGUUACUUCUUUAUUUUUGUACUGAAAUAGUGUUGGUUAAAUAGUUGGGAGUGCGUGAAACGAGGCAUGUUCACCUAGAGAGAAAUGUCAUUUUGGAAAUUAAAUAUUCUUCUGACAAGAAUUUCACGGGGAUUUUCCAAUGGAAAUUUCGGGCAUUUGUGAGUGGAAAACAAAUAUGAUUGGAAAAGUUAUAUUUUUCUCUCAGUGCUCACUUUUACUAUUUAACAGUAUCUCGUUUUAUCUAGUUUAUCCUUUUACAUGCAAGAAAAUUUUGUAUAAAAAAUUUAGGGAAUUUUGGAGAUAAUUCUAGUGAACUUUCUAUUUGUUCUUGGCUAAUUCUCUUUAAUAAAUCAGUAAUUAAAUGAGAGAGGUUAACGUAUAAUUUAUAUAAAUUUAUAUAAUGUAUUUUGCAAAAGUUUUUCAGCUAAAAAUUUGGAGACUCCUAUUUUCUAAUGUUUUUUCUCAAUUCCGUUGACUGAAGGAAGUCGAUAAGUUCGAUACCCGACACGUCAACGGAACCAUUAAAUAAAUUGCAAUAAAAAUGAUUUUUAAUAGAAAAAAUUGAAAAAUUAAGAAAGUAAUACAAAAAUCUGAAAUUGUAACUUCUAAUUCUGACUUUUUCUAUGAAAUGAUUUCUACUGAAUAUUUCGUACUUAAAAACGCACAAUAAAAUCGCAGCCGAAAACCAAUAGAAUUUUCAAAACCAAUCGGGAAGAAUUUCCUACCAUUUCGGCGAAUUUUUAACAGAAUUUUUUGCGCGUGUUAUCGAACGCAAAAUUAAUCGACCCAAUAAUAAAGCAACUGUAUUCACCGGAUGUUUCUCAUCGAUAAAUGGCCCAUCGAUUCAUCGAAAUUUGAAGUAUUUAUUUCAUCAAUAGAAAUAUAUCAUAAGGAAGGGUGCGAGGUACGAGAGAAAUGAUUAUGGAAUAAUCUCCAGUGUAGUAAAUAAUAAAAAAAGUACUUCAUUCAAAAAAUAAUCAAUUGAAAAAUUAAAUUAUCAAAGGGCAUUAUCCUCAAAUGUGUGAUAAAAAAUCGUAUCGACGAGUGAUAAAACGAGUGGCCUGUACCCUUCGCUAAUUUAUUUAUAAUAUUUUUCAUCCUUAGUUUAACGUUAGAUGUACAAAUUCAUUAGUUUAAUUUUCUAUUAUUUAUUCAAUAAUUACACCUAGAAAAGCCAAAUGCAUUGAUUUUUUUUGUUUAAAACGUGCCAACGAUUAUCCAAAGAAAAUUAAUCAACCGCGGGUGUAAUUAAUCAAUUUAUUGUACCUGAAAAUAUUCCUCAUCGGCGCUAUCCCCAGGAGAGCGUCAAUCCUACCAUAAAAUUCAUUAUAAAAAAGACUAAUUAUUGAUAUGAAUUGACAUAUGUAUAACGCAUGUACCACGUACUCCUGCAGAUGAAUGCAUCAAUAAAUUAUGUAUUCGAAA